AUGCGGUGCGCGAACAAGGCCGCCGAGAGCGCGUCCGCACGUCUCUGUGCGGAGGCCGAAGCGGAAACAGCAGCAACUGAUGUCUCAUCGGUUGCUGAAGCGACUCAGCCUGUGUCACUUGGUGAUGCAGGCGCUGGUCAUGAAGACACGCAUGUCUAUACAGAGUAUGAGCUCGGUGUCUCAUACUCUCCUGACACGGAAGACGGAUCCGUAUCGACGGCGAUUGAAUCCAAGCCGCCUGCCAAGCGUGGCAUGGAUGAUGCUAUGCGUCGCAGCAUCUUUGGUUCAUCUGAUGAAUCAGAUGAACCAUCGCCGAAGCGAAGGCGCUCGAGAUCGCAAGACUCGGGCGCUCACAGUGGUGUUGGUUCUCCUAUUGACACCACUUCUCAAGAAGAGCGGGACCGCAGCGUGUUGCGUCUCGCUCCCGAAAAGAAGGCAUGGAUGCCUCCUAAAUCCGUCAUGGAUCACUUGUCGGCGACGACGAGUGAUCGAUAUCGAACACGAUUGUUCGAUUCGUCAAGGAUCCAUCACCUUGACCCCAGCGCGAAAAACUAUCGCGCUGAACAUGAAUUCUUCAUCGAUGCUUUCUUUAGACGUCGAUGGUACAGUGGGAAUCACAAACGUUGGUCCCUCACUACUUCAGGCGUGGAACGCCUACAUCCAUAA